UGUGUAUACUGUGCCCGUUUUGUCCUAUGGCCCAUUUCAACUACAGUUCCCAUGAGCCUAUUUGGUUAUACGUCAUCAAAUGCUGUCCAAUCGCAGACAUUUGAGGGUUUCUUGAGCCGAAAAAUAAAGUUUUCAAAUCGCUCAGAUUUAUAAUUUAUUUUUAGUAAAAACUCAGUUAGUUGGUCACCUGAUAAUGCGAUAAUGUUAAUCAACAUGUGCUUUAACGGUUUGUAUUAGUUUAGUUUUUUUCAUAGGCAUUUUUGUAUUUGUUUAUCAGACGGAAUAUGACUAGCUGGCUAAGCUAGCUCAAACCAAAUUUCACCAGUUUGCAUGCAUGAGAUUAUUAAGUGUUACCGAUGGAGAGCACUCCUAAAGCAGCCAAACCAAAGCCAGAGUAUUCGUCACCUUGUGAUGCAAUGGAUUCAAGCCCCUGUGAAUACAAAGAGGAAAAGUUUCAUCAAAAGCUGAGCUCCUCACUGAAGGAGAGGCUGAAGAGAUCGAGGCGCUCCUUCACUUCUCCCUCCUCUGUGGCCAAACGCCUUUGUGUUGAUGAUUUGGAGGAGGGUGGCCAGCAAGUUUCAGCAGAUCCCCAGGAGACAGUUAGUAACCAUCUACUCAGGCACAGUGUUGAUGUAAACAGGAAUGCAGUAAGAUCAGGGAGUGAAAGCUUUUCUGGACCCAUUCCUGAACCAACACAUCCUUCUGAAGAAGACUAUGCACAACUACAAGACCAACUCAGAAAGGAGGUUAAAGAAAAAAUGGAGACUCUGCGCAGACUCAAGAUGGUUAAAAUGUACAGAAGCAAGAAUGACUUAACACAGCUCCAAACCUUGAUUGACAAGUGGCGGAGUUGUGCUCAGGCUGCACUGUAUGAGCUCCAGUCAGAUGUCCACGUAGAAGGACAAAAGGCCAGUCUGUCUGAGCUUAUUGACCUCUUUGGCCUGGAUGACAGCAUUCUGCACUUUGACCGCACAGAGGAGGACUUCACUACCUGAUAAUGUGCCUUGGGGAAAAAAACAACUGUAUUAUCAUUAGCCUAUGGAAAAGCACUGCAGGGGGACAAUCACAUUUCAAAUAUCCUGAAUUCACUUGCUGUUUUAUUUGUUUCUGCUACAGUUUUCAUUCAAAGCUUAAGUUGUAAAUUUCAUGGUCAGUUUACUUAAGACCAAAUAAAAUUGUGUCAUCUGUUGAA